GGCCUGGGCACCGCUUCCUCUUUCUGCUUCUGUUUCCUAACAACGUCAGCAUAAAUAGGAAGCGCGAGAGGCACAGCCGCCCGAGGCUCCAGCAGGAGGUCGGUCUGUCCCACCAGGGAGAGGCCUAGAGAAGCCGAGUUCCGGAGGGAGGACUCUCGAGAGCAGAUGACGAGGGCAUAGCCUGGCCCCCCGCUGGGGAGGGACACAGGACUCCAGGCCAGGAGGACCCGGGCCCCGCUGAGGCCUGCACCCGCCUGCGCUGGCCCCUGCUCAUCCAGAGCUGAUCCGGAGAUGGCGCCGCCCCGGUGGCUGCUCCCCGUAGCGCUGCUGGCUCUGUGCUGGGGGCCCAGCACGGCAGGGGCCCCAGACAGGGGAGGGGAGAGCGGCGAUCCCCUCCUGGCCUCCCCCGGGCCGGGGACCGUCCCGCUGCAGACCCUGCGCUGCCACAACGACUACACCAGCCGCAUCGUGUGCGGGUGGGCGGACACCUGGGACUCCCAGCGGUUCGUCAACGUGACCCUCUACCGCAGGCUGAAUGAUAACCCCCCGAAGCCCGUGUCCUGUGAGCUCAAUGACGACAUGCGCUGGUCGGACUGCCCCUCCACUUCCUGCGUGCCCAGAAGAUGCGUCAUUCCCUAUGCGCUGUUCGUCAUUUCCGACAAGGACAACUUCUCAUUCCAGCCAGACAGGCCUCUGGGCGCCCAGCUCACCGUUACUCUGGCCCAGCAUGUGCAGCCCCCCGCGCCGACGGACCUCCGCAUCACUGCUGCCGCGGACCAUUUCCAGCUGACCUGGAGUGUGACCCUCGGGGGUCCCCAGGGCCAGUGGCUGUCAGACCUGGAGUUCGAGGUGGUCUACAGGCGGCUUCAGGACUCCUGGGAGGACGCCUCCACCCUCCUCGCCACCUCCCCGCAGGCCGACCUGGGGCCAGAGCACCUCCUGCCCGGCAGCACCUACGUGGCCCGCGUGCGCACCCGGCUGGGCCAGGGCUCAAGGCACUCUGGGAGGCCCAGCCGGUGGAGCCCGGAGGUUCGCUGGGACUCCCAGCCAGGGGACAAGGCCCAGCCCCAGAACCUCCAGUGCCUCUUCGACGGGGGUGCCGUGCUCAGCUGCUCCUGGGAAGUGAGGUCCGAGGUGACCAGCUCCGUCUCCUUCACCCUGUUCUACAAGUCCAGCCCCAACGCAAAGGAGAAGGAAUGCCCCUCCAUGCUGAAGGAGGCCCACGGCCACUACAUGCUGCACCGGUGCCAGGUCCCCGUGGCCGACCCCUGGAACCACAGCCAGUACCUCAUCUCCGUGCGGCCCAAGGUGGAAGAGAAGUACAUAAAGAGCUCCGAGAACAUCCAGAUGGCGCCCCCGAUGCUCAAUGUGACCAAGGGCAGAGACGGCCACAUGUUGCGCUGGGAGGUGGAGAAGAUGUCCUUCCCACACAUCGUGUACACCUUCCAAGUCCAGUACAAGAAAGCCGAAGUCUCCUGGCAGGAGAGCCAGACGGAGCGCCUCCCCAACACCCGCGUCAUGCUGCUGCCGCCUCUGGAGCCCUCCACCAGGUACCAGGCGAGAGUGCGGGUCAAGCCGGACCAAGGCUACAGCGGGAUCUGGAGCGAGUGGAGCGAGGAGUGCUCCUGGGACACUGACAGGGUGCUGCCCAUGUGGGGCCUGGCCUUCAUCCUGGUCUUCACCACCCUCGCCUUACUCCCCGCCCUGCGCUUCUGCGGCCUGUAUGGGUACAGGCUGAACCGGAAGUGGGAGGAGAAAAUCCCCAACCCCAGUAAGAGCCACCUGUUCCAGAACGGGAGUGCGGGGCUCCGGCUCCCAGACAGCAUGCGCACCCUCACCGGCAAGAGCCCCUCGCACAAGGGGCUGUGGGGCAGCCCCUUCCCUGGGCUGCAGGGGGUGUCCCCUGUGGACUGCGUGCACAGCGAGGUGUCACAUCUGACUAUAGAGGACCCUAACCACACCUGGGACUCAACGUCUGAGCCUAAAACGACGCCGGCCACCUCAGACCUGCCUACGGAGCCGCCCCCAAGCCCCCAGCCCUGCCCAGUGGCAGCCGCCUCGAGCCAGCUUGAGAAGAAGGUUUCUGGCUUUGACUUCAACGGCCCCUACCUGGGCCCGCCCCACAGCGUGUCCCUGCCUGAACUUGUGGACCCGGAGGUGCCCCCACAGACGGGCGUGAGCCACAGGCCGCCGUCCUCAGGGUCGCUGGAGUACAUGUGCCUGCCCAAAGGGGAGCAGGUGCGGCUGGUGCCUCUGGCCCAGGUGCUGGGACAGGGCCAGGCCGCCGGGGGAGCGGAGAGAAGGCCCUGCCCCGGGGCUGAGGGGGCGAGCCCCUCCCUGGAGGCAGGGACAGACCCUGCCCCCGCUGCACCUGCACUCAGGACGGGGGAUCAGGGUGUGAAGGGCAGCCCCACGGCUCUGUCUAGUGGGGCUGGGGGCCCUGAGGGCGGCGCCGCGGUUUCUGAUUAUGUCAGCACUGCGGACCUGGCAUUCGCCCCACCCCCAGGGGCACCGACUGCCCCCUGGGUGCCCCCUCUGGGCCUCCCCUCAGACCAGAACCACAGCCUCCCUCCCGGACUGGCCGGCUGGCCACCUGAAGCCCUGACUCCCAUGACAUCAGUGUUUGACAGCUAUGUGGAGCUCCCUCCGGCCAUGGGCCAGCCCCCUAAGCCCGCCCUGGGCAGUCCUGCCCCUCCCGUAGCCAGCAUCCCCAUCCUGAGCCCACAGGAGCCCCGGGUAGAUGUGACCCCAGUCUCCCCACACCCCGAGGGGCUCCUGGUCCUGCAGCAGGUCGGCGAUUACUGCUUCCUCCCUGGGGUCGGGUCUGGCGCGCUCUCACCCAAGAGUAAGUCCCCUUCUCCUGGACCCUGUCCUGAGAUCAGGGACCUGGACCAGGUGUUCCAGGGCAAGAAGCCCCCGUGUCAGGCCGUUCCGCAGGUGCCCGCCAUUCAGCUCUUCAAAGCCCUGAAGCAGCAGGACUACCUGUCGCUGCCCCCCUGGGACGUGGGCAGGCCUGGGGAGGUGUGCUGAGACCCCGCAGACCCCCCUGGGGACACGCACGUGCAAGGAGAGUGUCCGCCUUCCCUCCCGCCUGCCUUCCUCUCACCAGCCUCCGGUUUUUUCCGCCCUCGUUUCUACAAAGCCACGGAAAGGAGAGCAAAAAAAUGAGUGAACCCCCUAACUUCUCCCUUGGCCUUCAGGAAGGUCAAGCUUCCCUCUCCGCCCCCCGCCCCUCCCCCGUCCCACUGACACACACACACACACACAGCUUCCUUUCAGGUUCACCUAUUUUUAGGUUCUGAAUUAUUAGAACAUUCCAUACACACUCAUUUCACGUGCCCUCAUUUUCUUUAUUACCAGGCUUUUGCUCAUUUCUUCUUUCUCUUUUCCCUGCGUUAUUAUUAGAGUGAGUUUGAGGUCCCAGCCAGGCCGGUUCUGAGAGGUCACGGCUCAGUCAGGGCCUGUUCUGAGGCAGGCACCGCGGGCUGUGUAGGAGGCCCCGUGUCCGGAGCCUGUUUCGGGGAGGCGCCUACGCCAGACCCCAGGCCGGGUGCGGGGGAGGCGGGCAGGGGGGCGGGCCUUGGAGAAGGGGGCUUGGCGGAGCAGCACAGGACCGCACCUGCCGUCCACUUGCCUUCUCCAGGCACUGCAGCCCCAAUGUGGGGGCCAAGCACCAGUCUGUCACUCGGAGAAAUGGGCGUGGUAAGGGGGCGUGCACGCGGGAAACCUGGCAGGUCUCUGCUAAGCAGCGGGAAGGGUUGGGGCCGCAGGACGUGCACCGAGGAGCGGCCACCAACCUGCGCCGUGGGCCGUACUGCUUCCUGGCGGACUUCCUGCACCCAGGCUGGCGGGCCAGAAAAGUCAGGAGGAGAGGGGCGUCCAGAACCCACGUCUGCUGUAGGCAACUUGGAAGAACUGCUCAGCCAGGGGUUCUGGCCCAAACUGGUCGCCUGCCCUUUUUGCAGAAAGGCCUGCAAUGCCCAUGGUCACAGCCAAGUUCAAGGGGCUCCUGGCCUACGUCUAGGCCUAUAAGGGGGUCACGGUUCUUUUAAACCUUUGCCUUCCUGAUAGGCAAACAUGAUGGCAUUAAGUUGUUUUAAUUUUCAUUAUCUGAUAACUUUCAAGUUUGCACAUACUUUUAUAUUUCAUGGGCCUUGGUUUUUUUGUUUGUUUGUUUGUUUGUUUUUUUACUGGGCUGUGCUCAGGAAGGACUUGGUUCUGUCGGUGCUUGUCUUCGUCUGAUGCAGAUAUUGAAGCUGUUACGUCUUGGUCCUCCACGCACGGUGCCCAUUGUCCUUCCCCAGAGUGGGGUUUGCCUUUGAAUGUGUGCGUGGGGCUCGUGGGUGCCCGCAGAGCAGAGUGUCCUGUUCAGUCUCCCGGGGAACGCCAGCAGGGCUCCCAGCUCGGUGUCCGAUUUACAAGGGCCUUCCCCACUUCAGAAGUGCAUUUGUCCUAAUUUAUUUUUUUUCUAGUUCUUUCUGUGUUUCAGCCUUUCCGUGUAAGAUGUUCUUGCUUUUGGAAUGCACACAUGUGACCUAGAAGGCGGGCCUUCUGCUGUCUCCUGGCAAGUGGCCCGGGGGUCUUUGCAUUAUUGGUUGGGUUGCCUGUUCUUCACCCACGGGGGUGCAAUGCCACUUUUACCAUAAAGUCCCCGUAUGUGCUUAGGCCAUUUCUCAGCUCUCAACUUCCUUACAUUGUUCUCCGAAAGGCACCUGCCACUUUGGUCUUUCUAGUUUUAGAACAUGUUUCCGCAUGUGGUGGAGCAAGCGUCUUUGUCACUUUUUGUUCACAAACCCCUGCUCAUCGCAGCAGUGUGUGUGGUCGAAGAAAAUGAGAAACGACUUGACUAUUCACCAAUAGUGACAUUAAUAACGAUGCUUUUUGUACAUUCUAAAGUAGAAACCUGUGUUACCAAUGAAUGAGGUGGGCCCACCUGUAUUAGAAAAGAAGUUCAAGAUAUUAAUUCCAAACUGUUUGGACAUUGUUACCUGAAACAAAAUAGCAAUAAAGUGUUUUUUUAUUAUAAAA